AUGGUUUUAACAGUGCUAAGCACCUCCAUUAAGAGUGACUUAUGCAGUCAUGUGACAUGUGUCCUGUCUCUCAAGAUUUGUGCAGAAAGGUCACCAGUGUCCCAGAGGAAGUCACCAGUGACCACCACUACUGCCAGUUCCUUGACUGAGGGGCCCGUGCAUCAAGAGCCAUCCUCGUCACCAGUGUCCCAGAGGAAGUCACCAGUGACCACCACUACUGCCAGUUCCUUGACGGAGGUGCACGUGCAUCAAGAGCCAUCCUCUUCACCAGUGUCCCAGAGGAAGUCACCAGUGACCACCACUACUGCCAGUUCCUUGACGGAGGUGCACGUGCAUCAAGAGCCAUCCUCGUCACCAGUGUCCCAGAGGAAGUCACCAGUGACCACCACUACUGCCAGUUCCUUGACGGAGGUGCACGUGCAUCAAGAGCCAUCCUUGUCACCAGUGUCCCAGAGGAAGUCACCAGUGACCACUACUACUGCCAAGCCCUUGACUGAGGUGCACGUGCAUCAAGAGCCAUCCUCGUCACCAGUGUCCCAGAGGAAGUCACCAAUGACAACAGACUCAGAAAUAUGUGCACCACCAUCCAAGCGCCUCAGAACCAGGAACAACAACAGCACACCCAGAACUCCUGCUCCUUUUCCAAUGCCAAAAAGGGCACAAAGCAAGAUAACAUGUGGAACAUGCAACAAAGUUGGGAGAGGAGGGAUGAACUGGGUGUGCUGUGAUGGGUGUGAUGUUUGGCACCACCAGAAGUGCUGUAUGACCUUGAAACAGUUCAAGGUCCUUGGGGACAAGGAGUGGUUGUGUCCGCCAUGUCGAAUCAUCUCCUAGAGGAACACUCAACCAUGCAGCAUAAUGUUAUAUGUGUUUUGUUAUGUAAAUGUUAUAUUAAUUUAUUAUUUCUUCAAUAUAAUAAAUAAUAUUCAGAUAUAGUUGUUAGUUUUGUAUUUAAAAAUGGCCUUAGUAUAGUGGACAGAAAUUAUUUCAACAAUAUCAAAAACCAUUAACAAAGAAAUAUAGUUGUAACCCAUGUAACCACAGGAAACAGACCCCCUUCCAGACUUUAAAAUGUUCUGUGACCUUUGUCACCAAAGAAAUAUAGUUGUAACCCAUGUAACCACAGAAAAACAGACCCCCUGCCAGACUUUUAAAUGCUCUGUGACCAAUGUCACCAAAAAUAUAGUUGUAACCCAUGUAACCACAGUAAAACAGACCCCCUGCCAUACUUUAUCUGCUCUGUAACCUUUGUCACCAAAGAAAUAUAGUUGUAACCCAUGUAACCACAGAAAACAGACCCCCUGCUAGACUUUUAAAUGCUGCUCUGUGACCAAUGUCACCAAAGAAAUAUAGUUGUAACCCAUGUAACCACAGAAAACAGACCCCCUGCUAGACUUUUAAAUGCUCUGUGACCAAUGUCACCAAAGAAAUAUAGUUGUAACCCAUGUAACCACAGAAAAACAGACCCCCUGCCAGGCUUUUAUCUGCUCUGUAACCUUUGUCACCAAAGAAAUAUAGUUGUAACCCAUGUAACCACAGAAACACAGACCCCCUGCCAGGCUUUUAUCUGCUCUGUAACCUUUGUCACCAAAGAAAUAUAGUUGUAACCCAUGUAACCACAGAAAAACAGACCCCCUGCCAGGCUUUUAUCUGCUCUGUAACCUUUGUCACCAAAGAAAUAUAGUUGUAACCCAUGUAACCACAGAAAAACAGACCCCCUGCCAGGCUUUUAUCUGCUCUGUAACCUUUGUCACCAAAGAAAUAUAGUUGUAACCCAUGUAACCACAGAAAAACAGACCCCCUGCCAGACUUUAAAAUGCUCUGUAACCUUUGUCACCAAAGAAAUAUAGUUGUAACCCAUGUAACCACAGAAAACAGACCCCCUGCUAGACUU